AUGAGAAUUGCAAAACAAUACCAAAUCUUAAGUUCUCUUAAGAAGAAAAAGAAGGCAAUAGUUAAGAAUGCAAGAAAAUUGUUCAGAUACCACGUAGCAACAAAAGAAAUCAAUUUCAGAAAAAUGAGACAUAAUAUCAGGAUGCAGACACAUUUAGAUCCAUUAAUUAGGGCCAAACUUGAGAAAGAUCUUGAUAAAAAGAUCACCGAUGCUCUGAAAUACCAUAAAACUAAAGUAAUUUUUAAUCCAAACGGAUUAUUAACAAAAGCGAUCAGUAGAGAGAAAAUACCGAAUGAUAUAAAGAUGCAAAGGCUUAAGAAGCGAUUAGAGUUCUUAGAAGAGUUCAAAGCAUGCGAAAACAGAGGAUUAUCUUUUGAAAAACAAUUGAAGCAAGAAAUCAAGUCACAACAUAAUGGAGAUGAUAGUUUACCAACUAAUUCGGCUUACGAUGAUCUUCUUGGCCUUGGAGCUCCAAGAAGAAGGGAAAUUAAAAAGAUUCCAAAGAGAAAAAGGAGUUCUCAAGUUAUUGAAGCUCCUCUUAAUCUUCUUGAUCCAAACUUGGCACAGCCAGACCAAACACAGCAGAUUCAAGACCUUGCAUCAGAAGUUUUGAAAGGAUUUACAGAAUUUUCACAAGCAUUGGAAAAUCAAGCACCUUCAGUUCAACUUGGUCCCAUUCCAAGGCGUUCGGAGAGGUCACACAGCUUUGUUCAAGGAAAACAUAAUUCAUUGGACUCAAAAAUCGAACAUCAUGUACAAAGGAAAUGUCCUCUGCCUUCUGUACCUCAAAUAAAUACAAAUACUGUCUCAAAUUCGGAUAGUUUGUCAUCAACUUCAUCAUAUGUCAGUAGUGAUCAGUUUGUUAAUGAUUUCCUCAAUAGCCCUAGGCCAGAAAUCAAGAGAAGAAGAAAACGAUUAUCGAGUAUCUCUUUGGAAUCUCCUCCACCCGACAUCCUCACAUAG